AUACACCUGAUGUGGUUUCUGCUGCAGCUGAUGAAUGAUCACAUUAGCAGUAGAGUGGGUUAGCUGGAUCAAACAGGAGCUCCCACCGCGACUCCCCAAGCAGCUAGCAUUGGGGAGUAGGGCUCAGAAGGAGGAUAUGAAUGCAGAGAAGAGAGUCUGGCAGAGAAUUUGCGGAUGGAAAUGACUUCUUAUUAGCAGAAACGAGAGAAGACGCUAACGCUUCUUAGCGAUGGAUGGAAUCACGUGCGUCCAGGAACAGAAGGGUUUCGAAAUAACCCCGCCAACGUCAAUUCGACCCAAGUUAACCCAACCAAAGACCUGUGAAUACGUAGACCACUUCCUCUCCACAUCACAGAUAUCAAGAUGGCGGACUUCCUAAACAUCGCAAAGCAGUUCACUGAGUUCUACUACAACCAGUUCGAUCUCGACAGAAAGCAGCUGGCCCCGCUUUACCGUGAUAACUCUAUGCUGACAUUUGAGUCUGCUUCCGUGGCUGGCACUGCUGGAAUCGUUGAGAAGCUUUCGGCGCUCCCCUUUGAGAAAGUCAAGCACCAAGUCUCAACCCUCGAUGCCCAACCCUCUGGAGAGACUGGUGGGAUUUUGAUCUUGGUUACUGGGGCCCUCCUGGUCGACGAAGAGCAGAGACCAAUGAACUACAGCCAGACUUUCCAACUUCUCCCUGAUGGACAAGGCAGCUACUUUAUCUUCAACGAUAUCUUCAAGCUGGUUUUCGGAUGAGCGAAAGUAACUUUUUGCUGCAUGGUUGGUUUGGGUACAUGGGAACG